CAAUCUCCUCCCACUUGCCUGUUUGGCUGGGGAAAAGAGAGAGGCAGAUCUGUAGUGAAGGAAUUAACCAGGGACUAAUGCCAAGAGCCAAUACAAUCUGUGACAGCAGAGGCUGCCUGCUGCAGACUGCUACUGGAUUCAGGAAGGGAGACAGAGAAAUUCAGUCAGACCACCUGGAGAGGAAGGAGACCAUCUUCGGUAGACUGCUGCAAGUGGAAGGUUCCCUGAAGCACUGUUCUGGCACUGACUUGAUCAGCUGAAAAGACUAUUUCAUUCUGUGAUCACCUGCUGACUGUGAAGUCCAGAUAUAAAAGCUGGACGGACUGACAGAUCUUUCUGGUAACAAACAUCACUGGAUCUUGCAGCCAGGAGUCGACACAAGGAUCUUUGCGUGUCCACCUAGCAGACUGAAAUGAUUAAGGCUUAAUACCCCUAGCAAGCCCAGUUACUAAACCACUGGGAAAACUCCCUUCACGGUCCUCCUGUGGAAUUGUGCCAAAGCUCACGGACAAGCUAAUCACACAAUUAGACACUGAAGUCGAAUAAGUACACGACUGCUCUGGGGAGAAACUUGCACAUUUCGUACAACUACUGCAGUCACCCCAAGAAGGGGGGAGUUAAUCAAUACCUAUCUUUUUAUGUCUGAGGCCCUUGGAACUGGUUAAAACAGGUACAGCAGCUCCUGAAAAGAGAAGGUUAGCCUCAUUCCAAAUAGAAAUGACACCUGAGUGAAAACAGCAAGUGGUGGUGUUCCUUUCUUUGAAAAAGCAGGGGAAGAACCUUGGGCACUGAGAACAAGUUACCUAGCCAGGUGGUGGUCAUCUUCUCCAAUUCAUCCAGGUUCUCGAUCUGGGACCGUGGAGGAAUAGGAAACUUCUUCAAGGGUUCUGGAUUGUGUUACAUGACUAACACGAAGGACCCUGAGAGAGCCAUGGAUGCUUUACCAGUGACCUCCAACUCUGCUGCAGGCCCUGUUACUUUCUCACAGGUCUUUGGCCAGCAAUGUCAACUUAUGGAGGCAGCCGUGCAGUCUAUGCAUACCCUGAAUGACCAGCUCUCGCAUUUUAUCGUGAACAAGUCAAAAAUGCUGGAUGAAGACAAAGAUGCUUUCUUGCCCAGUGAAAAAGAGUCUCUGAAAAAUUCCAUGAUGCUAAUGAGACACCUCUUAAUGGAUGCACAGGCCAAAAUCCUGAACAUGAUGGAAGACAAUAAGCAGCUGGCCCUCCGGAUCGAUGGAGCUAUCCAGUCUGCCAGCCAGGAGAUGACUAACCUGCGAGCCGAGCUGACAGCCACCAACCGGAGACUGGCCGAGCUGGGCAGCAGCUCCGCGACCCCCUCGAUCAUGGAGAACAACCAGCACAACGCGCAAGUGCUGUUACGAGAAGAAGUGACCCAGCUUCAGGAGGAGGUUCACCUGCUCCGACAAAUGAAGGAAAUGCUAACAAAAGAUCUGGAGGAGACACAUGGCAGCAAGUCGACAGAGGUUCUCUCCGCCACUGAGCUCAAACUCCAACUGGCACAGAAAGAGCAAGAGCUAGCGCGAGCCAAAGAAGCCCUACAGGCCAUGAAGGCAGAUCGAAAACGUUUGAAAGCAGAGAAGACAGACCUGGUAAGCCAAAUGCAACAGCUCUAUGCCACGCUGGAGAGCCGGGAGGAACAGCUACGUGACUUCAUCAGGAACUACGAGCAACACAGAAAAGAGAGCGAGGAUGCGGUGAAAGCACUUGCAAAAGAAAAGGAUCUCCUGGAGCGAGAGAAGUGGGAGCUACGCCGGCAAGCCAAAGAGGCGACAGACCACGCCAGCGCGCUUCGCUCACAGCUGGACCUGAAAGACAACAGAAUGAAGGAACUGGAAGCCGAGCUAGCCAUGGCCAAGCAGUCCUUAGCCACAUUAACCAAGGAUGUCCCCAAGCGUCACUCGUUAGCCAUGCCAGGCGAGACUGUGUUGAAUGGGAAUCAGGAGUGGGUGAUGCAGGCGGAUCUCCCGCUCACGGCUGCUAUCCGGCAGAGCCAGCAGACCCUUUACCAUGCGCACCCUCAGCAUUCAGCAGACCGGCAAGGUGUCAGAGUGAGUCCGUGCCAUUCACGGCAGCCUUCCAUAAUCUCCGAUGCGUCGGCAGCAGAAGGCGAUAGGUCAUCGACGCCAAGUGACAUCAACUCGCCCCGGCAUCGGACACAUUCCCUCUGCAAUGGGGAUAGUCCUGGACCGGUACAGAAGAACUUGCACAACCCAAUUGUACAGUCUCUAGAGGACCUCGAAGACCAAAAACGAAAAAAGAAGAAAGAGAAGAUGGGAUUUGGUUCCAUCUCCAGAGUAUUUGCCAGAGGGAAGCAGCGGAAAUCCCUAGACCCAGGCCUCUUUGAUGAUUCCGACAGUCUUUCCAGCCCAACCCGCCUAAGCCUCAGCCUCUCCGAAGGGGAGGAACAGGUGGACCGGCUGCAGCAGGUGGAGCUGGUGCGCACCACACCCAUGUCCCACUGGAAAGCAGGCACCGUGCAGGCAUGGCUGGAGGUGGUCAUGGCUAUGCCAAUGUAUGUCAAAGCCUGUGCGGAGAACGUCAAGAGCGGGAAGCAGAUGUUGCUCAGUUUGAGUGAUGAAGAUCUGGCAACAGGGCUGGGCGUCUGUAGCUCCCUUCACCGCCGCAAACUCAGGCUGGCAAUAGAGGAUUACAGGGAUGCAGAAACAGGCAAAUGCUUGUCUAAAGCCUCUGAACUGGAUCACCACUGGGUAGCCAAGGCCUGGCUGAAUGAUAUUGGGCUGUCUCAGUAUUCCCAGGCUUUCCAAAAUCACCUCGUGGAUGGAAGGAUGCUGAACUCGCUGAUGAAACGAGACUUGGAGAAGUACCUUAAUGUGUCUAAAAAGUUCCACCAGGUCAGCAUAUUGCUGGGAAUAGAGCUGCUUUUUCAAGUCAACUUCAGCAAAGAGGUUCUGCAAGAACGGCGGGCUCGCUGUGAGACCCAGAACGUUGAUCUGCUUGUCUGGACAAAUCAACGGGUGCUCAAGUGGGUGAGGGACAUCGACCUGAAGGAGUAUGCGGAUAACCUGAUUAACAGUGGCGUGCAUGGGGCUGUGCUCAUGCUGGAGCCCACGUUCAAUGCAGAAGCCAUGGCCACAGCUCUGGGCAUCCCAAACAGCAAGCAUAUCCUGAGGCGGCACCUGGCAGAGGAGAUGAACGCCAUCGUUAACCCAGACAACCCUGCAGGUGUUCUAGAGAGCGACCGGUAUGGAAUAUCGACUCUCCUCAAACAGGGUUCGCUCAGGCGCUCCUCCAGCGCUACCAGGCAGAGCAAGGAGGAGGGGAACAGCUUAAAAUGCAAAGCAAGCAGGCUUCCCCUGGGGAAAAUUGGAAGGGGAUUCAGUGGAAAAGACACUGAUUUCCAUGAUGACUACGGAUCUCUCAAAAACGAAGAGUGCUGUGAGGAUUUGAAGCUAAGUAGGCCAGAGCAAUGCCGCCUGGAACGCUUUGGCAGCCUGGAAGUCACCAAUGUGUAAUGAAUUGGAUUGUUCAGGCAAGACAGGACUCGCUGGAAUCAACAGUGACAUUGUGGCCAGCAAAUGGGAAAGAAAUAUGAAGAGAAUGAAUGAAACGCAGACUUCUUUGGUUGUACAUAUUAUAGCCAUUGCUAGAGGAAACUCUGUUCAGACCUAACACGGUGGCGUGUCUUUGUUUAAAGUGUCUGUCUUGUGUUCAUACUGGGGGACCCAGAUAAAUCCAGUACCGAUUCCCUAUAGUAAAAGAUUUCCAGCAAGCAUUCCAGAAAAUUUUCAGAGAUGAACCUGGGCCCGCAGUGAAAUGAUAGCAAUGCUCACCCAAUGACCUGACCAAUCCGUUCUUCUCUCUGGGUGGGCCCCCCACAAAUACAAAAUGCACUCAUGGGAUGACUGUGGGGACCCAGGACUGCCAGCUUGAAGGGGGCAGGAUAGACCAGCCCUGGUGAGAUUGUUUCCAGCUGUCAUGACCCAGCAUCAGCCCAUCAGGUUUGUCUAUUGCUUUGACGUCGCACAGGGGAGGAAGGAUAAAAAGAAAGAGGAAACAUGAUGAGGAGGAGAAAUUAGGUGAAUGAAAAUAAACACAUGCUUUGGAACAGGGUGGGGAGACUGGAAAGGUCUGGCCCUUUGGGGCACCCUCAGUGCUGUCACUGACCCUCAUUAUGCAAAGUGGUGAACACCCGCUGGGAGCGCUGCAGGAGAUCAGUGGGAAGUGAGGCCGUGAAACGCCUCCCACUCAGAACCUUGAAGGAUCAGGCCCUUUCAUUGGUCUCCAGUGCAUAGAUCCCAUUGUGAGCCCUGCUUUAGAAAUACCAUCGAUAGACAGUAAUGUCAGGCAGGGGCAGUACUUCCUCAUCUGCAGUCACUUCAACAUUGUGCAGCAAGAGAUCAAAAACCUGACUCACCUCUCAGCCUCUAGAGCACUCACAGCUUCCAAAAUUGACAGAUAGCAUCUGUAGGAGCAGCCCUGCUCUUUCAGCUUGCAGUCUCAUGUAAUUUCACCAACAUGGGCAAGCUUUCAGUGCCUGGGUGGGAUACCUGCUAGGAAGUGCCUGCUGCUACCAGAAGCGAUGCUAGCGAUUCCGUAGGUGACAUUCUUUCCUGUGAGUCAGUCCUGAGCCAGUGCCCCAGGACGGCUUUAAAGAGAAUAUGCUGUUGGAGGUGUCCUUGCUUGGAUUAAAAAUGUGGAUAGAUGAGCUCCUGCCCCACUGAAGACCACAGAGAGCUUUUUACAAAGCUAAGCAGAGUGUUGGUCCUGAUAUCUUGACCAAAUUCAAACCUUGGUACAUACAUACUGCCUAGCUUCUUAUAAUAAUUACCUUUCUUCCCUAUGAAUGAUUGUUUAGCGUGUCCGACAUAGGCUGGGUGCUGUCUUCCUCCCCAGAAGUGGAUGCAUUUCAGCAGUGACCGAGCAGUCCAUUUGCUGCAGUCUGUAAAGCACUUUGGGGACUUUCUGGUUCAAUGGUUCUGUAUUAUUAUCAGUGUGGUCUUACUGUGGUACGAUUAUUGCUAUAAAUUCCUGGGCACAAAGGAUGCUUCUGUUUAUUUAUUAGAAGUUAUGGGAGCUCAUCGGGGCUCUGGGUUCUAAGUAAAUGUUUUCUUUUGGUGAAACAUAUUGUCAGGCAGGCAACUGUUGUGUUUGCUUUAGGCAUAAAGGCCUCGCGCCAGCUCUGCCAGUUUCCACCAUCUGAGGAUCAGGUCCAGUACAGUCAAGUGGCUCAGUAACAGAUCCACAAAGAGGAAAGAUCAAUUUUAUUCUUUUAAGGCCACAGAGUAGAUGCCAGACAACCACUUUGGAAAACGGAGAUGAAGAAAUUCCCCAGGCCUGCAAGGUUCAGUAGCAUGAAUGGCAAAAAAGGAAACACAGAGGGGGAAAAGUCAAGCAAGCAUAAUAUGAAACUCAAGUCUUUGUCCAGAGGAGAA